AUGCGCAACAGGAUCAUAGCAAAUGUUUCAACUGAAAACUCAUUUGAAACGCUCUCUGAAGACGAAAUCGACACUGACGAUGAAAAUUGCAUGAACAAAUCGGUCAAGUUGAAUCGAAGUUAUCCUGACAUUGAUCCUAAACCAAGUAAAAAUGAUUAUAGUGAUUACAUAUAUACACUGAAAGAGAAAAACAAAGAAUUAGAAAAAAAAUUAGGAUCUGCUGAUGCUGAAAUCGAAAAAUUACUUGCCGAAAAUAGUAUGUUGGAGAAAAAAGUUAUAAACUACGAAUUAAAAAUUAAGCAGCUAGAGACAAUUUGCAGUUCACCCAACACACUAUUAAAUACUGAAAAUAAGGCCCCUAAGCGCAUGAAAGGAAAACAGUUAAAUUUUAUCGAAAAAAUAUAA